AUGGACCCCAACUCUGGCUACAACCCGGCAGGCUUUCCCGUCCCGACGCAGAGCCCCUCGAAUCCGAUGUCGUUCUAUCCAAACCAACAAUUCCCCCAGUCCAAGCCCCCGUCACAGCCUGGACAGCAGCAGCAUUCCUUUGGUUCCAUCCCAAUGCAGCCAGGUGUUCCCGGUGGAGCUAUGAUGCCCUCAGGCUUCCCCCAACAGUCUUCCGCACCGAUGGAGAAUUUCUCUGCGCCCUUUAGCCAACCUCCCCUCCCCGCAAACAUGGCCCAAUUUUCGCAAGCCAAUCCCGCCCCGAAUACCCCAUCCACCGUCGCGCAGACCUUUUCCCAGAACAUGGCCUCUAUAUCCGCAAACAAUCUGCUAGCCAACCAGCCACGGGCUCAAGUAAACUCCCCCCGGUCCGCUCAGCCGGGGACUCCCAACAUGGGUCAGGUCCAAGGCCAGGUCCAGCCUCAGCAGGCCCAACAAUCCCAGACUCAGAUGCAAGGACCAUCCCCGGCUCAAAUACAAGCGCAGGCGCAGGCCAUGGCACGAGAGAAGGUUCGCAUGACAACACUCCUUGACAUCAACUCGACAUUAUUAGAGGAGAUUGUCAACUUGCAGAUGUCGGGCAAGGCAGGCUCGGGUUCUAAUGAUGGGACCAUUGCCCCACAAAAGCCGAGUCAGGAGUACGUUGAUUGUAUGCGACGACUACAGGCCAAUUUGUCGUACCUCGCGUCCAUCACCGAUAAGCAAAAACGACUCCCAGCACCGGCCUUGAUGACUCCACCUCCGAGUAUGCCCAUCCUGAAUGAGUCGUACCAAAAAUUAAACGAGCUCUUUCCUCGAUCUAGUCAGGCCCCCACUCCUCAGCGGUUUAGUCCCGCCAUGAUGCAGGGAAACGGCGGGCCUAGUCCUUCCCCCAUGCCGGAGUCACUCGUCUGA